GUUUCGAGUUUCACAUCACCGCGGCGCACGCAGUGUCAGUGACUUCAAUGCCCGGCUCAGUUUCUGGCUGUCUUUCUAUGAUGGUAUAUCGCGUUUGCAUUUAACUUUCCGUUAUCCGCUCAGUAACAUUUCUGGGAUUUUUGAUUUAAACACGUUUUUUAUUUUAACAAAAAUAACAACAACAAAUAUAAGUUCGGCCGACUGGCCCAGUUACUUUUUUACUCGCACGGUUCUUUCGUUAAUAUUGUUUCUCAUUUGUGUACCGAAAAAUUAAUAAUUCUAAUACUAUAAUAUUGUUUUUAAAUUUUAGUGUUGUGUAUGUGUAUGUGUGAGUGCGCUAUACGAUAAACGUAUUAUAUAUCUAAAAAUAUACGUACAUAAAACGUGGCUGUCGGUGUGAUCGACACAAACAUGUGAUUUUAGUUGUAACGUUACUACAAGACGAUGUGGAGAAGUAAUUUCAAAAUAACCAUGCAACUGCUGCUUGUUAUCACCAUUAUUGGUGUGGCGUGCGGCGAAAACGACAGUGGACAUCCGGAUGGAGUAGUGAGAGUUGUGCACAGGCGGCACCUAGAUGAGGCGACCAAGACUGGUCACGAAUCGAACGAGAUUGACGACGAUCACCAUCGGAGGGCYGACAUGACACUGACUCGGGCUGAAGAAUUCAAGUCGACCAAGGUGACGUGCGGCGGCGGCUCUUGCGGUAAAAUGCCGCAAACGGAAUCGGUUGCAGCGGCRGCGUCGCUCGACGACGACUCUCAACUGAUCGCGUCGUCUGCCGUCCCGUCGUCUAAGGCGGACGAACAGACGUCCCAAUCGCAAUACUAUUACGAGUACGUGGGACCGACAAAGAUCGGUUCGGGGGAAGCCAAGAGGGCUUCGUCGCGUGGCAGAUCACUCGUACCGACGGAGCCCGAUACUGCAGCGCAACAGCCGCCGCAGACACGACAGCAGACAGAUGUGGCGGCGGCGUUGGCGGACCGUCAGCAGAUCCGUAAAGCCGGUAACAGCGACAUGGAAGACAUACUGGACGGGUUCGUUAAGCUGCUGAAUGGUCAGCCCGGCCAAACCGGUUACCGGCAGCCGAUCAAGACGCGCAUCAACAACCGCGGACCUCCCCGCAUAUCAGACGCUUCGGUUGUCCUGGAACCGCCGGCGUUCGUGCCGAUGCCACAACACCAGCACCAGCACCAGCAACAGCAACAGCAACAACACCAACAACAGCAUCAGCAACAGCUACCAACCCAGAACAAGCCAAAAGACCCGCCACCGUAUCCGUUUGACGUGCCUCAGCCCGCCCGGCCAUUACCACCCCAGCCGCCCAAUCUUAUCAAGCCGUUCUUGACCGGCGUGCCACUKCCCGAACAGCUGGUGCCCACUAAUGGCGGCGAAGGUGGCGAUGAAUUGAGUCCACCAUCUCUGCAGUACGAAGAUGACCUUUCGCAUCUGCCAUCGUCGUCCAGACGACCGGUACAGCACCAGCAGACAGCCAGACCGCAACAGGAAUAUGACUUGUUUGCGGACGGCCACGCGCACGGCCCUGGCCACGCAGUUCCSGCGGCUUCCAAACCGGCAGAAAAUGCGACGGAAAAGUUGGYGGUGGACGUACCUUCGUCUCAGUCACCGCCGACCUCUGAUAGACCGUCUGCGAUCACUGUCUCCGAGAAACCGACCACGACUGACAAACCAUGGUCAGCGAUCGACAUCAACGCCACCCGYGUGAUCGGAAUCCAAGUGUCGAAACUCGUAGACCACUUGACCUCGCCGUUGGUUCCUUCCUCGCCUAUCGGAGUAAGUGAUCCCACCGCUGCCACCUCUGCUGCAGCACCUACAACGACGACGACGACCACUACCACCAGCAGCACUAGCACCAGUAGCACCAGCACCAGCACYGCUGYGGAAUCAACGUCCACGACUACGGCCGCGGAAACCACAUCGGCCGGUGACCACGUGACCGGUGUCGGUUCGGCUGUCGUCGUGCUUGAGCCGUCCACUUCGGAGGAACCGCAUCGUGACGAUACGCACAAACCCACCGACAACAAACUCCCCAGCAAGCCCACGGCACCCCUCAAGAAGACCCCACAACAGUCCGAAGGGUUCCCGUAUUAUUCACGACCAGGGAUCGUACUGGAUGAUCCGGAAUUCAAACCCCACAUCGGAGGCCAAAGACGUCCUAUCCAAGUUCAGGUGCCCAGUAAAGGUGACGUGUUCGACAUAAUGGUGUCCGCCAUUCAAGGACCUGGUGAUAAACCAGCACUACUCAAUCCCGACGAAAUAUCACCGUCRGGCGUCGGAAAAGGAGAAGUGUCCGUGAUAACGUCAGCGGAACCAAACCAGCAGUUCGUGUCCAUUGACGGUAAACGGACGUACAUCAACUUGUUCGGCUCAGCGGAACCAACAGCGGUGGCGCCUCAGUCCAUAAAGCCGACCAGCGCUGCUUCCGGUGAAAAGUACAUUAAUAUCGAUUCGGCGUUUUCGAUGACACCGUUUUCGGACACGUUCGUCGGCGUCAAGAUCAACAACGUGUACAUGUCCAAGACGACGCCGGGCAUGCCGGUCAUGGUUAACGCCACAGUGCAGCUGACGGAGAACGCGGAACACUUGCGAUCAUCCGUCAAACAGGACGUGCAAAAACAGUUGACGGGGGCGCUGCAGAGGCGCAACAACAACGUGGGCACCAGCGGCCUGUGGGUGGAUUCACCGGCAGGAGCUAUCUCGCAACUUCACGAUCUCGACGAGUGCAACAGUCCGGAACUGAAUGACUGUCAUYCRUUGGGCAAGUGUACGAACGUGUUCGGCACGUUCCAGUGCGCGUGCCCCGAUGGCUACAGGGACCCGUGGAUCGGAAACGCUCAGCGUAGUGGCCGGACAUGCGAGACGUGCGACCCGGGCCAGUGCAAUCUCCGGGGAGAAUGCUUUUUCCAGGCCGGACAGCCAGUGUGCAAGAUUAACUUUUAUCCUAAGUAUUAUUUAUGUGACGGUUGUCUUGCAGGAACCUUUCUCAAUCAGAGCGGAAUUUACUACGACGUGGAUUACGAACAACAGCAGGGCGAAAUGACGUUCUCACCCGGUUGCAUUCCACUGAGCACGUACACCAUUGGCAGCCGCUCAAACUACUACAGAUGAUGACAAUGAAGAUUUUGCAGACGACGAUGCCGAUGACGAAAAUCUCGUGAUGCAUUAAACUUGACGAUCAUCGCUCGUGUACUAUAUUUAUUAUUAUUAUUAUCAUCGUUUAAACUUUAAGCGACACAGACUGAGGACAUAAAACGCGUWUACGCGUCACCCAAUAAAAUAAUAAUAAUGUAUAUCUACAUUGUUGUUGUUGUAUACCCUACAUAUAAAUAAUAUAUAAUAUGCCAU